AUGGGUCUGGGCAAGGAGAAGGUGCCCAUGACUGCCUGGGCCUUCAUGAAGGGACACAUCACCGCUCGAGGAUUGUUAGUGACAGUGUUCCGGCCUGUGCUUCAGUGCCUGCCCCACACAGCGUGUGGCAAACGCCAGCUGGCACGUCUCUAUGCGGCUGUUUCAAGUGGCCUGCCAGCCAUUUGGGCUGACAUCUCUAUUACCGGAAACAGCUCGGCCUCCAUCCUUAACCCGGUGGAGAUGCUCGGGGCUCUAGGGAACCUUCCAAUCGGCACGGGGUCUUGGGGGCUUAGGCUUGGGGGAACCUCAGUGGAGCAGUGGUUUGGGGCUCCCAGGACAAGUGGCUCCCUAAGUCGCCUUCCCCGGUUCCCAAGGAAGGACUCCGUCUCAAGGCGCAAGCCGCCACCGGAGCCCAGUGCCAAGGCCGGCCUUGGGAGAUGGUGGGCGCUGGUGGCUGCUGCAGCCUCCUGGAGGCGGGCUGUCGCCCACGCCCCGCGUGCACCGCCCCCCAGCCCCAGCGAGCGGCCGCACCCGCCCCUCUCGGCCGCGGCGGGGGCGGGCAGCUGCGUGGCCCCCGGGCCUCGCGCCCUGCAGCUGCCCCGCGCGCCGCCCUCCCGGGCGGGCCUCGCGGACGCACACCUGCCCGCGCGCGAGGCUUCUUUAGGCGGCGGGCAGGCGGGCGGCCCCGUGCGGGAGUCCAGGCCAUGGAGCCCACCCGGGAGCGCGGCCCGGAGUUGCGGGUUGGGGUGCUGGCUCUCCACAGGCCAGGGGGGUGGAGGCAAGUCCCCUGCUGCCAGGCUGGAGGAGGACCAGGAAGCCCUGCAGAGGUCAGCCCCCUACACUCAGGACGCCCCAGGCAAGGUCAUGCCUCUUUCCUGCACCAUCUCUGGGGAAAAGCAGCCGUCAGAGGCCCCCGGGGAAGGGGCUGGGGCUGGGAGAGCCUGCCAGAGGCCGAGCCCAGGGGCUCUCCAUGAAGACAGGAGCCUAGCCACGCCUAGACCCCAGCCUCAGGGGCAAGGGCCUCCCUUCCCGGGGACGGAGGGGAGGCUGGGGAAGAGGCCCUACUCUCCAGCCGCCGGCGAGCAGAAGAAGCCUAGGGAUGUGGGUCCAGCCUCGACGGCAUCUCCCAGCAGCGCUAACCUGGCCCGGGCCACGUACAACCCGGUGCCUUGUGGGUUAGGCCGGGGGUCCUGCCAUGUGGCCAAUCUCCUCAACACACUGGCCCAGAACAACCAAAACCUGGAGAAGGAGAAGAGGUCCCCGGAAGUGACCUGCCAGGUCCGGAAGAAGACCCGCACCCUGUACCGCUCGGGUAAGUCCCUGAGAGGGAAAGGUUGCAUUUUCUUAUCGGAACAUGGAAGAAACAGGAAAGUAACCACCAGGCAGCUCCCUGCCACAAAGCCCGAGCCAGAGGAGGCCCCAGCCCACUGGGGGAUCUUAGCCACCAGGCUGUGGGAGGCCCUUGGGCUGGGGACAGUGGUCCUGCCUGGAAGGCGUGUGUUUCUCCUCUGCUUCCUCAUCACUGGUGUUCAUCCUCAAAGCCAGUGUUUUCUUCUUCCAGACCAGCUGGAGGAGCUAGAAAGGCUCUUCCAAGACGACCACUAUCCAGAUAGCGAUAAGCGCCGGGAGAUCGCCCAGACGGUGGGGGUCACCCCCCAGCGCAUCAUGGUGUGGUUCCAGAAUCGCCGGGCCAAGUGGCGAAAAAUGAACGGGAAGGAGAAUAAGGACGCACCUGCCGGUCCCGCCCUUACCCCAGCCCCCGCCAGCAACCAGUGCAGCUCUGUGGCCGAGCUGCCACCUACCGAGUCCACGAUCCUGGAGCCUGGGACCCUCCCUCAGGAUUCCCUUCCAGAGCCGUCCAUGCUGCUGAAGUCUGACCAGACUCUGGGCCCAAACCUGCAGAAUGAGGGCCCCCAGAGAAGGCCUGUGACACCCCCACUCUUCAGCCCCCCACCUGUCCGAAGAGCCAACCUUCCCUUUCCCCUCGGCCCUGUGCAUGCCCCCCAGCUGAUGCUGGAUACCCUGAGCAGCGACAGCAGCCACAAGGAUGGCCCUUGUGGGUUGUGGGGAACAAGCAUCACUCCACCCCCUGCCUGCUCAUACUUAGAGGAUCUGGAGACCCAGGAGUACCAACCCAGCAGCAGCCAGCCAGGACCGUUCUCCUUCUCCCAGGCACCACAGACCCAGUUCUUCCAACCCCCGCAGCCCCAGUUUCCAUACCUGCACCCCUUCCCCUUGCCCAGCUCGCUGACUCCGCCGCUGCCCGAAGACCCUCUCUUUGCCUUGUCCAGUGGCCCUGGCGGGGGCUCAUCCCAGGGCUAUUUCCCAGGCCCUCCGUCGGGGCCCGUCCUGCUGCAGCCGCUGGCCGGGAACGUGGGUGCGGUGCCCUGGGCCGACCCCUGCCUGCCAGACUCGCCGUUCCCCAGCGCCUUCUGUCUGCAGGCUCUGGGAGGCCCCCCAGGAGGGGACAGCUGCUUCCUGGACCUGUUUGCCACUCCCUACACGCAGGCUUCGGGAAGGCCACCUUCCCCGGGCCUCACCCAGAUGCCCGAGAGCACCCUGCCUGCAGCAGGAAGACCCCUGCUCGGCCAGGCCCAGGAGGAACCACCAGCCGCCCCAGGGGAGCGGCCCCCGGCCCCCAAAGAAGAAGACAAGAGUAGCCAUGGCCCCUAGUCGUGGAGCCAAGAACCAAGAGCCCAUUCUGCCAGAGACGGCUGGAGCACCCCGGAGGAGACGGGGCUCGAAGCUGAAGGAGAGACUGGACUCCAGGGCUCAUUUUGCCAAAUGCUGAUUUGAGAAGGAGGAGGCCUGGCCCGUCUGUCCUUCCCCUACACCUCCGGAUGGUGGUCCUGGAGAAAUGGACUGGGGCUGUGUCGCCUCUGACGGUUGCGUCCGUUUAUGUUGUUUGCUCUCCUUGCUCCACAGAUGAGCCAGUGGCCUUCAUAAGCAGUAAACUGUCUCCUCUUGGG